CGUCGGCGCGCUGGGCAUGAACCUGGAGGGCGGCAGCCGAGGCGGAGAGUUCGGCAUGAGCUCCGUGAGCUGCGGCAACGGGAAGCUCCGCCAGUGGCUGAUCGACCAGAUCGACAGCGGCAAGUACCCGGGGCUGGUGUGGGAGAACGAGGAGAAGAGCAUCUUCCGCAUCCCCUGGAAGCACGCGGGCAAGCAGGACUACAACCGCGAGGAGGACGCCGCCCUCUUCAAGGCUUGGGCACUAUUUAAAGGAAAAUUCCGAGAAGGCAUCGACAAGCCAGACCCGCCUACCUGGAAGACACGUUUACGAUGUGCUUUGAACAAGAGCAAUGACUUUGAGGAGCUGGUGGAGAGGAGCCAGCUGGACAUCUCGGACCCCUACAAAGUAUACAGGAUUGUUCCCGAGGGAGCCAAGAAAGGAGCAAAGCAGCUCACCCUGGAGGACCCACAGAUGGCCAUGAGCCACCCCUACACCAUGCCGACUCCUUACACCUCACUCCCAGCUCAGCAGGUUCAUAACUACAUGAUGCCACCCCACGACCGAAGCUGGAGGGAGUACGUCCCUGACCAGCCUCACCCCGACAUCCCAUACCAAUGUCCUGUGACGUUUGGACCCCGAAGCCACCACUGGCAAGGCCCGGCUUGUGAAAAUGGUUGCCAGGUGACCGGAACCUUUUAUGCUUGUGCCCCGCCUGAGUCCCAGGCCCCUGGAAUCCCCAUAGAGCCAAGCAUAAGGUCUGCCGAAGCCUUGGCCCUCUCAGACUGCCGGCUCCACAUCUGCCUGUAUUACCGGGAAAUCCUAGUGAAAGAGUUGACCACGGCCAGCCCCGAAGGCUGUCGGAUCUCCCACGGGCACACCUAUGAUGCCAGUAACCUGGACCAGGUUCUCUUCCCCUACCCAGAGGACAAUGGUCAGAGGAAAAACAUCGAGAAGCUGCUGAGUCACCUGGAAAGGGGUGUGGUCCUCUGGAUGGCCCCCGAUGGGCUCUAUGCCAAAAGACUCUGCCAGAGCAGGAUCUACUGGGACGGGCCAUUGGCCUUGUGCAGCGACCGGCCCAACAAACUGGAGAGAGACCAGACCUGCAAGCUGUUUGACACACAGCAGUUUUUAUCAGAGCUGCAAGUGUUUGCUCACCAUGGCCGCCCGCUGCCAAGAUUCCAGGUGACUCUGUGCUUCGGGGAGGAGUUUCCAGAUCCCCAAAGGCAAAGGAAGCUCAUUACUGCUCACGUCGAACCUCUACUGGCCAGACAACUCUAUUAUUUUGCUCAACAAAACAGUGGACACUUCCUGAGGGGCUAUGAUUUACCUGAACACAUGAGCAGUCCCGAGGAUUAUCACAGAUCCAUUCGCCACUCCUCCAUUCAAGAAUGAGCAGCGUCCAGUGAUUUUGUUUUAUUGUAAAUAUCCGACACUGACAAACCCAAACAAUCCUAGCUCAGUGAAGCCCUGUUUUUCUUCAACAACACUUGAGAAGAAUCUCAGCAAGAAUAUGUGAAAAUCGGCUCCAUCUGAUUGACAGAGGAGCUUAUCCCAAAAGGACGGCCAGUGGUCUUCAGGCUCCCCUGCGGACUGCCAACAUUAAUGACAACUGUGAAAG